AUGUGGAACUCUCCUAAGGUAGGAAUCCUCGGCGGAGGCCAAUUGGGCCGCAUGCUGGUCGAGUCCGCCAACCGACUGAACAUUCAAUGCAACGUACUCGAUGCGGAGAACUCCCCGGCCAAGCAGAUUAGCAGCCACGAUGGCCACGUUACCGGCUCAUUCAAGGAACGCGAGGCCGUUCGGGAACUGGCCAAGACCUGCGACGUUGUGACGGCGGAGAUUGAGCAUGUCGACACCUACGCCCUGGAGGAGAUCGCCUCUCAGGUCAAGAUCGAACCCAGUUGGCAAGCGAUUCGGACGAUUCAGAACAAGUUCAACCAGAAGGAGCAUCUGCGGAAAUAUGGUAUUCCCAUGGCGGAGCACCGUGAGCUGGCCGAGAACACCCCCGAAGAAUUGGCCAAGGUUGGCGAACAGCUUGGAUACCCUAUGAUGUUGAAGUCGAAGACUAUGGCGUACGACGGACGUGGAAACUAUCGUGUUAACUCCAAGGAGGAUAUCCCCGAGGCCCUUGAAGCGCUUAAGGACCGUCCAUUGUACGCAGAGAAGUGGGCCUACUUCAAGAUGGUUAGUACCCGACCCAUAUUGUCCAAGAGGAGACGAUUGCUAAGCAUGCAAAAGGAAUUGGCCGUCAUGGUCGUGAAGACCAAGGACGAUGUCCUGUCAUACCCCACCGUCGAGACCGUCCAAGAAGACUCGAUAUGCAAGCUUGUCUACGCUCCUGCGCGCAACGUAUCCGACGCCAUCAACCAGAAAGCCCAGGAGUUAGCCCGUAAGGCCGUCGCAGCCUUCGAAGGAAAGGGUGUCUUCGGUGUCGAAAUGUUCCUCCUCGAAGACGACAGUCUGAUCCUGUGCGAAAUUGCUAGUCGUAUCCAUAACUCCGGCCACUACACCAUUGAAGGUUGCCCCCUGUCUCAAUUUGAUACCCAUAUCCGCGCCAUUCUCGAUCUCCCCAUCCCUCCCAAGAGCCUGGAGAUCCGUCAACCCUGCAUCAUGCUCAACAUCAUCGGCGGUGCCGCCCCCGACACACAUCUGAAGGCCGCAGAGCAUGCUCUCUCCAUCCCUAACGCCAGCAUCCACCUCUACAGCAAGGGCGCCGCCAAACCAGGCCGCAAGAUGGGCCACAUCACCGUCACUGCGCCAACCAUGCACGAAGCUGAGACGCACAUCCAGCCCUUGAUCGACGUGGUCGACGAGAUCCGCGCCCAGCGCAGCGACAUCAAGACCAAGCCCCAGAAGUCGGGCCCCUCGAAGCCUGCACCCUCUGUGGCCGUCAUCAUGGGCUCGGACAGCGACCUUAAGACCCUCGUCCCGGGACUCAAGCUUCUUAAAGACUACUUCGGCAUCGAGCCCGCAGUCGACAUCACCUCCGCUCACCGCACCCCGGAGUACAUGGCCGAGUACUCCGCGAGUGCCGCUGCCCGCGGUAUCAAGGUUAUCAUCGCUGCGGCUGGCGGCGCUGCACAUCUCCCCGGUAUGGCCGCCGCUCACACCGCUCUUCCCGUGAUCGGCGUCCCGGUCAAGGGCAGCUCCUUGGAUGGUGUAGACAGUCUGUACAGCAUCGUGCAGAUGCCCAGAGGUGUCCCCGUCGCCACCGUCGGAAUCAACAACAGCAUCAACGCCGCUCUCCUGGCCGCCAGAAUCCUGGGCUCCUUUGACCCGGCCAUCCAGCGCAAGGUGGAGGCGUAUGCUGAGCAGGCCAAGACCGAGAACCUCGAUUUCAAGGGUACUAAGAUGCGCGAGCUCGGUUGGGAAAAAUACUUCGAGCAAAUGUGA